UCGUGAAUGCCAUCAAGGGUGCAGAUGUCGUGAUCUCGGGUGUGGGGCCCGUCAGCUCGCGGAUUGUCGUGGCAAUGUCAUCAAGGUCAGAUUGUAUCAACUUGUCUUCUUUGUUGAUGGAACAAUAGCUGCGGAUCGAUCACUGGAUAGUUGUUGAUGCACAUAGGGUCCUGCCAUCCGAGUUUGGCUGUGAUGUAGAGCGGGUUCUCACCGUGGAUCCAGCGGCCACAUUGUAUGCUGGUAAAGUCGGCCUUCGCCGUCUGAUCGAGGCGGAGGGUAUGCCUCAUACAUAUGUCUGCUGCAAUGGGUUCGCCGAAACCUACUCUCCGAGCAUCGGCGAUGUUACAGCCAUUGUUGCUGGUCCUCCGUCCGACAAGAUCACUGUCCUAGGCGAUGGAGAUGCAAAAGGUAAAGCACAGGUCCUGUUGCUGCCACUGUUAGUUCGUAGAGCAUCACGUCCUGCGUUGAUCUGUAAUCUUCCGAACAUACUGCUGUCCCUCUCGCUCGCCGUCUUCGUGAGGGGCGACCAAGCCAACUUCGACGUCGAGCCGGCCUUUGGCGUCGAGGCCACCGAGCUGUACCCUGACGUGGAAUACACCACCGUUGACGAGUACCUCGACCGGCUCCUCUGACAGUUCUUUGGCCGGCUGGAAUGGAACGGCAGCCCCUAGCGCAGUUGACUUGUGUAAAUUCACCAGGAAGAAGAAGCUCUGGCCUUGCCAAAAUUUUUAUAAAAUCCAGCAGUUAUACCUGAUUGCCUACUUUUCAAGAGAGACUGAUCUUGGCUUGAACAACCAGUGGGGCAUUUCAUUUGGUUGGUUUUCUUUCAUCUUCCAAGUUUUGAUUGCAAGUGUUGCAACACAGGACUUAAUCCUUUUGCUUGCUUCUGAUACACUGAGAAACAAUGGA